AGAAAUUGCUACAACAGGCCAGUUUCGGACAAAGAAAGAGAACGCAAUUGCAACAGCAAAGAAGAAAAAGAAAAAAAAAAAAGGAGCGAGAGAGUGAAUUUUCUCGCAUUUUCUUUUCUUUAUCUUUUUAUUCUCUCUCCAAUUUCUCAUUUUAAGCAGUUAAAAGGACGGUCGUUUGAACGAUUGAUCUUCGUUUUUCUUGUCCAAACCAGACCUCGAAAGUCGACAUUUUUUUCGUGAGCAAUAUAGGCUACGAUUUGAAGUUUCAAGAGAAGAAGUUGUUUGCAUACCAUCUACCACCUUAUAGACAAGUGGAAUUUCUGCAUUUUUGCAACAAUGAGUUUUGUUUACCGAGGGGCUAGAGGAGAUAUUGAGAGUGGGUAUUCAAGAUUUAUCCCUGAACGUCCUGCUGUGCGUAUACAUGCUGCUCGACCAGUUAAUUCCAAUUCACUGGCAUUUCUUGUUACAGCAGUUCUUUUGCUGUUCAUGAUUUUAAACUCUCACCAAAUGUCACCAAACUUUCUGCUUUGGGUAGUAGUGGGUGUCUUUUUAAUGGCUACGAGCCUGAGGAUGUAUGCAACUUGUCAGCAACUUCAAGCUCAGGCCCGAGCUCACGCUGCAGCAGCUAGUGGUUUGCUUGGUCAUACCGAGUUGCGUUUGCACUUGCCACCGUCAAUUGCCUUUGCUACAAGGGGACGCUUACAAGGACUAAGACUCCAACUUGCACUUCUUGACCGUGAAUUUGAUGACCUAGAUUAUGAAACCCUGAGAGCAUUGGAUGCUGAUAAUACUUCCACAACUCAUUCAAUGAGUGAGGAAGAGAUAAAUGCCUUACCUGUGCACAAGUACAAGGUCCCUGGCCCAGAGAGUGCUGGAUCAUCACUGCAGCAGGCAUCAUCUUCGUCAGUGCCAGUUGAGCCAAAGCACGAUUCUAGGAAGGCUGAUGGGAGUAUGAAGGCUUCAGAAGAUGAACUAAUUUGUACUAUUUGCUUGGAUCAAGUUAACAGGGGGGAGCUUGUUCGGAGCUUGCCAUGUUUGCAUCAGUUUCAUGCUAGCUGUAUCGAUACAUGGUUGCGGCAACAAGGCACCUGUCCUGUAUGCAAGUUUAGAAUGGGGUCAAGCUGGCGGGAAAACAGGGAGAGUGAAUCAGAUGAUUCAGACAUGGUUUAACUUGACUCCCAAG